AUGGACACCAGCUACCUGGCCCAACAGGUCACGACCAUCAUUGGCCAGCUCCACGGCCUAUUUGACGAGAUCGGCGUGCCCAAUCACGAACGCGACACGCGCGAAGCAGAGCUCUUCUCUGCGCUAUCGGCCACUCUGCACAACCAGCUGAAGCUGGUGACGUCAGAAAAACACGAACUAACCGAGGAGGCCCACCGUCUCAUCAAAACAAUCAAGCAACUGGAAAGCUCACUGCGCGGGCCUAGUAGACGCGACAGCUACGAUGCGGAAAGCAGUGAUUUGCAGAUUACCUUCCCGUUGACCAGCUGCCUACAAGCCCUCAAGGAGAAGCACAGAUCCAUAAGCAAAAUUCACCGCGAGCGCUUCGAACAGAUCAGAAAACUUACGCAAGCCCUCCAAUCAUAUGCCUCCCAUCUCGAACCCUCCUUCCUUCAGAUCAACCUCCCUCCUACCUCACCUAACUCCGCAAUCUCCCCUACCUGCGAUGUCUCUCCCAGCUAUGUCUCUGCUUUGGAUAAAGAAUUUACGCGCGUAUACGAAGAGUACAGUAGGAGAGUGAACAUAGUGCAGACAACUGCGGACGAGAUCAUCAAGCUAUGGGCCGAGCUUGGCACGCCACAGGCGCAAACGGAUAGCGCAAUCUUGGAGUUCUCGAAAGAGGCGCCAGAACAGCUCGGUCUGCACAAGGAUGAUCUCGACGCCUUGCGCGCCAAGAAAGAAAAGCUAAAUGAAGAGAAGCGUGGACGAGAGAAGCGUUUGAGGGAUCUUCGCAACACGAUCGAGGGCAUGUGGGAUCGUUUGGGUGUCGAAGAGCCCCAACGCAAGGCGUUCUUUGCCAUCAACCGUGGCUGCGGCCUCAGAACGAUCAAUGAGUACGAAGACGAGCUGGGAAGGCUGAACGAACUGAAGCGCCAAAACAUGCACGUUUUUGUUGAAGAUGCUAGGGUCAGACUUCAACAGCUCUGGGACAGCCUGUACUUCUCAGAUGAGGAGAUGCUUGAUUUUACUCCUGCCUUCUCAGAUGUCUACAGCGAUGCUCUCCUAGCGGCUCAUGAAGCCGAGAUUGAGCGUCUGGAAGCUUUGAAGGAGGAACGUGCUCCUACUUUGGCCCUCGUUGACAGGCACUGUACGCUUGUCAAAGACCGUGAUGAUCUCAACGCUUCCAGCCAAGACGCAUCCCGACUUAUGGCGCGUGGCCAGAAGGGCGAAAAGCGCGAUCCUGGAAAGCUGCUGAGGGAAGAGAAGAUGCGGAAGAGGAUAGCUAAGGAGCUUCCUAAGGUUGAAGAGCAGCUGAAAAGGGCACUCGAGCAGUGGGAAGACGAAUACGGCAGGCCUUUCUUGGUCCAUGGAAUGAGGUAUCUCGAUGAACUCAACGCCUCUGCCGCCAACUCGAAAGCCGUACCGACACGAUCCAAGACUCCUGGUGUCUCUCAACCAAGCAGGCCAGCCCUGCACAAACAGAGCAAAUCGACGACCUCGCUUGCUAGCAGCAGCGCUGGCAGCUCACGUGCCGACUCGAGGAUGGAAACAAUCUCCCGCGCUGGCAGUGUGCGGAGUUCCCAUACCGAUACAAUUUCCCGCGCUGGUAGUGUACGAAGCAACUAUACGGACACUGUCUCGCGCGCUGGCAGCGUUCGCAGCAAUCGCGCUGACUCGAAGACGGAUACAAUUGGCCGUUCUGGGAGUGUUCGUAACACUCAUGCUCCGCUAGUUCGCCCAAAGACACCUGCUUCGGAGUUUAGCAAGAGCACGGCCAGCUAUCACUCCAGCAUAUCACGCGGCCAUAACCCGUUCGCUUCUUCAAUGUCUCAUGCUACCAUAAGAGGCAGUCCUACAAAAAUCCCCGCACGCUCACCAUUGAAGAACUUGCAGACUUUCCCCUCUGAGAAGGAUUUGCAGUCCUUCCCCUCCGAGAAGUAUUCCGACUUGACCAUUCGCGGACCUGGCUCGAUGGGCCCUCCUCGCGCGCCACCGCCAAAGAUUAUGAAUUUCUUCAGCCCGACAACUCCCGAGCCUAGGCCAAUGAGCCGCUCUGAGCGUGAGCGCAGCUCCAGUGUUGUACGAUCUGCGCCAGUCGAAGAUGUUUAUGACGAGCGAUCCUAUCUCUCUUUUGUCCGGCCCUCCUCGGAGGAGGACCGCUAUGAUCAUGCGCCGGCGGUGCGUGACAGCAGCAGCAGACAGAGCCGACAGACGUCCGACACCAGUUCCACGGGCAACACUACACAGAGCUCCGAGAACUGGGAGACGUACGAAGACGAAGAUAGCGAGCCAGAUUACGCCGUCAACGAGGUGAUCAACGCUAAGUUACGGAGAAGUCAGGGCAGCAAGCAGUCUACGCCCGAGGCAGCAUAUGAAAGUCCUUUUGGCACUCUCAGCAAGAAAAAGCUAGGCAGCAUGAGGGUCGUGGACGAUGUGGACGCGACACCAGUAAGAGGUGGCAUAACGCGCGUGGAGGGGCGCGACAGUUGGAUGGACGAGGAAACCUACUAA